GAUUUCUGGAGAAGAAUAAUGAUCUACUGUACAGAAACCUGAAAGAGGUGCUGUGCAACUCUAAAAAUGGUAUUGUUAGAGACUGCUUUUUACUGUCAGAACUAGACAACAGGAGGAGACCAGAGACUGUUGCAACCCAGUUCAAAAACAGUCUGAUGAGUCUUAUAGAAAUCCUGAUGUCCAAGGAGCCUUCUUAUGUCCGAUGCAUUAAACCGAAUGAGAACAAGGAGCCUGGGAAGUUUGAUGAUUAUCUGAUCCGACAUCAGGUGAAAUACCUGGGCCUGAUGGAGCAUUUGCGGGUGAGGCGAGCUGGCUUUGCGUAUCGGCGGAAGUAUGAACUCUUCUUGCAAAGGUAUAAAUCCCUCUGUCCGGCUACCUGGCCACAUUGGCAUGGGCCAGCAGCUGAGGGUGUGGAGAGGCUCAUCAAGCAUAUUGGUUACAAGCCUGAGGAAUACAAAUUAGGAAGAACCAAAAUAUUCAUUCGGUUCCCAAAGACUCUGUUUGCUACUGAAGAUGCAUUUGAAUUCAGAAAGCACUUGUUAGUUUCAAGACUACAGGCCAAAUAUAAAGGAUGCCUUGGAAAGAGAGAGUACAAGAAGAAGAGAGAAGCAGCUAUCAAGCUGGAGGCUUGUUGGCGAGGAGCUCUGGCACGGAAGGAGGCCAAGAAGAGGACAUGGGCAGUUCAGAUAAUCAGGAAAUUCAUAAAUGGCUUCAUCAAUCGGAAGAAACCCCUUUGCCCAGAGAACACUGAAUUUGUGCAGCUUGUGCAGUACAACUACUUGAUGAAGCUCAGAGACCAUGUUCCAAAAAAUGUCUUGGACAAGAGCUGGCUCCAACCUCCUUCCAUCCUGGAAGAGACAUCAGAGAUGCUACAGAAAAUCUGCAUUAGGAACCUAGUGAGGAAAUACUGCCAAGGUGUUACUGCUGAGAGGAAGGUGCAGUUACAGCAAAAAGCGGUAGCAAGUGCUGUUUUCAGAGGGAAGAAGGAGGGCUACCUGCAGAGUGUAAACCAGCCUUUCAUGGACACCCGACUAAAAGAGAAUGAUAUAAACCCCAAAGUACUGCAGCUCAUCCACGGUGAGAAGAUCAAGUAUGUGACCCCCGUGAUAAAAUAUGACAGGAACGGGUUCAAAGCACGAGACCGGCUACUUGUUCUGACCCAGUCCUCGGCAUACGUGGUGGAAAUGGCUAAGAUCAAGCAGAAAAUAGACUAUACCACUCUGAAAGGUAUUUCCACCAGUAACCUGAGUGAUGGGAUUGUAGUCAUUCAUGUUCCCGAGGACAACAAACAGAAGGGAGAUGUGAUACUUCAGUGUGAGCACAUCUUUGAGAUGAUCACUAAACUCUGCAUGCUGGCCAAUAAGCAAAACCUUGUUAAAGUUGUGCAGGGAAGUCUUCAGUUUCGCAUUGGCUCCGGCAAGGAAGGGACAAUGGUGUUUACUGUUGGGCAGGAGCCUCAGGUCUUUAAAGCCAAAAAUGGACAACUAACAGUGGUGUCAGCCCAGGCAAAGUCUUGAUGAGAAACAGUUCCUGUUCCUGGUCACUGUCUUGGCUAGGAACAGAAGGGAGCCUGCAGGAUGAGACCAGCACUCGCAUCUCCUCUGGAAUCUUUUGAUGCCAUAGGGCUGCUGUGAUUUGAGAGUUUGCUUGCAUCUUUUAGGCUCUUUUUUAUAGCUUAAAACUAUUCAACUAUAGCUAAAUAAAUUCCAUUGUGUUGCUGUAA